UCAGUCAGACUUUGACAGGGUGUCUGUUACCGUCUCUGUUUUCGUCUCCUUAUUAACGUCUCUCUCUGUUGCCGUGUCUGUCACCCUCUUUGUCACCCUCUCUGUUAUCCUCUCUGUCACACCAACCUUGGCGAUCCACCUCACAACCAUGUGGGUGAGGGGGCUGCUCCUUUGUCUCAGUGCCAUCCUGCCCGCGACCAGACAAACUCCUUCUUACAUGAUUACCGGCCCAAACAUCAUGCAUGUGGGCGUUGAGGAGAGUGUCUCUGUUCAGCUUCACGGAGCUGAGCUUCCGGUCACCGUCACUGUUUACUGCUGGGACAUCAUCAGAAACACCAACUGUUCGGAUCAUGUUGGCUUCCACCUGAACGCAGGGAACUCAUUCCAGGAGAUACGGACCAUACGGGUUUCCCCAGAGACAGCCCGCAACCUUCAGCUUUGGAGACGACACCAGCAUUAUGUGACUCUGGUGGCUGAGAGUGAUCAGCUGUUCAGGCGUCGCAGGAUGGUCCAUGUCCGCCUCUCCUCCAAGAGGGGUUAUAUUUUCAUUCGGACCGACAAGUCCAUCUACACCCCCGAGGAGAAUGUCAGGUUCAGUAUCUUCACUCUCGAUCACCACAUGAGGCCGGUGGAUGAGGAAAUACUCUUCAGCGUGUUCAAUUCCAAAAAUAUGCAGAUCACAGCGGAUAUCCGGAAAUCUGGGAAAAUCUUACUCCAUCACAUCAGAAUUCCCGACAAUGCGGCACCUGGGAAUUGGAGGAUCGAGGCUCAGUUUUCCGAUUCCACGAUGUCCAAGGUGUCUACACAGUUUGAGGUCAAGGAGUUCGUUCUCCCCCGGUUUGAAAUCAAGAUCAAAGCCUCAGAAAUGUUCUACCUCGUGUCAAAGGAUGAAUUCAGCUUCAAAAUUCUGGCAAUACACACAUAUGGGGAACGCGUGGAUGGGAAGGCAUACGUCAGAUUCGGAAUCCUCGAUCAAAAUGGCAAUAAGACAAACUUGGGAGGCUUGGAGCAAGAACUGAGAAUGAAGAACGGGGAGGUCUCGUGUUCUUUAAAGACUCAAGACCUGCUGGAACAGUUGAAGAUGCUGACAAGUGUGAACAAACUGGUGGGUUCCCGGCUGUACGUGGCUCUCACUGUGUUUGAAACAGCCAGUGGUGAAUUGGAGGAAACCGAAGUGAGUGGAAUUCCAUUUGUUGCAACGCCAUAUGUGAUCGAUUUAUCAAAGACUCGGCGACACUUCGCACCUGGCCUUCCAUUUCCCGUGGUGGUGUUGGUGACGUCUCCUGACCAAUCUCCUACCCCAAAUAUUCCAGUGACAGUAGAAGGAUAUACCUUGUACACGGAUGAGACCGGCACAGUGGUGUUUGAAGUGGUUGCCCCCGCUAACGCCAGCAUUCUCUCUGUGAAUAUCACUGCUGGUGAGGGGACUCGGGGGAGAGAGUUCAGUCAAGCUGUGCAUAUUGUCCAUGCCUAUCAAUCUGUGAGCAGGAGCUACCUUCACAUGUACGUUCAGCCUACUCUCGUCCGCUCCGGACAGGUCCUCACUGUGCAACUGGAAGCUGUGACUGAGCCGGAACUUGGAGAUGUUGACUACAUUUAUUAUCUGGUUACAAACAAGGGCAGAGUAGUUCGAGCUGGUAAGACCCGCAGGUUGGAAAAGACUGAACUUACCAUCCCAGUGGAUGUGAGUCUGGUCCCGACGUUUCGCCUCAUUGCCUAUUAUUACAUCGGUAAUGACCACAGGAGCGAGAUGGUGGCCAACUCUUUAUGGGUCGAUGUGAAGGACGAAUGUGAGGGAAAGAUUGAAGUAAAGGAGAUGGAUCAAAGGCACGCUCCCGGCAGUGACCUUAAUGUCAUACUGAGCACGGAUGAUGCUGCCGAUGUGGCCAUGGUGGCUGUGGAUUCAGCUGUUUACAUUGUGAACAACAAGUACAAGUUGACAGCCAGAAAGGUCUUUGAAGCGAUGAACUCGUAUGACCUAGGGUGUUAUUAUGGAGGUGGAGCAAACACUGUUGGAGUAUUUAUGGAUGCCGGACUGACAUUUCUCUCUGAUGUGGCAAAGUCAGAAUUUCGUAAAGGAUAUUCAUGUGAGGAAGAUGCCAGGAGGCAGAAACGAUCGCUGGAUGUUCAGAAAGAAUACACCAACAAAUUGAAUCAGUACACUGAGCCCAGGCUCAGGAAGUGCUGUACGGAUGGACUGACCAAGAUCCCGAUGAGGUACAGCUGUGGCCGUCGAGUGGAGAGGGUGAGAGAGCGGAGGUGCAGGGCGGUCUUCCUGCUCUGUUGUCAGUACGGAGUCGAGCUAAGGAGAAACCAGUCACUGAAUGUGCGGUCAGUGGCCAGAUCUCUGCCAUUGGAGUUUGAGGAGUUUUUUGAUGAGACGUCAAUCCAUGUUCGCAGUAUCUUCCCUCACAGUUGGCUGUGGGGGAACCACCGAGUUCAGGGUCCAGGAAACCACACAUUGUCGGCUCGCAUUCCUGACUCCAUCACAACCUGGGAGAUUCAAGCAGUCGCCAUGUUUGACAAUAAAGGAUUCUGUGUCGCGGAAUCCAAGAAACUGACAGUAUUCCAGGAGUUUUUUAUAUCAAUGAGACUCCCGAAUGCGGUGACAAGGAAUGAGCAGGUGGAUGUGAGAGUGAUAUUGUACAACUAUCUCGCCCAGGAUAUCCAGGUCUUCGUGUACAUGAGGGGAGCUGAUGGUCUCUGUAGCCCGGCCACUUCAAAGGAUGAAGCCCGAGUUAUUACUGUCAGAAGAAACUCUGCCCAUUCCCUGGGCUUUCCAAUCGUUCCACUGGUGGCUGGGAAUAUCCCGAUCCAUGUGGUUGCACUCAGCACAAGUGGACAGAGAGAUGCUCUUCUCAAGCACCUGAGAGUUGUGGAGGAAGGUGUGAUGAAGACCGAAGAGACGAGCCUUCUUAUUAAUCCACUGGUGAGACGCUCGCAUGACAUAAAUACAGAAACUCCUCUUAACCAGGUCCCUGACACAGAAUCCUACCUGUACAUCAAAGCCAGAGGUGACCUGAUGGGUGAAUCCAUUGAAAACUCCCUGUCUCCAGAGGGUAUUAACCGUCUGAUCAGAGUACCAACCGGGUGUGCAGAGCAGACUGCAAUGCACUUGGCUCCCACGGUUUACGCCGUUGAAUACUUGGACCAGAGCCAGCAGUGGCUGCAUCUGCCAUCAGAGCGCAAGGACCAGGCUCUGGCCAACAUUAAGACAGGUUAUACAAAGAUUCUGGAGUAUCAGAAAGCGGAUGGAUCAUAUGGAACGUGGAAGGAAACUCCAAGCAGUGUGUGGCUAACAGCAUUUAUGGUUAAAAUCCUCUCGAUCGCCAGGAAGCACAUCAUUGUCAACGACAUGUUCAUCCACAAAUCUGUUUCUUAUCUGAUCAAUGCUCAGAACAGCUCCGGCCACUUUGAAGAUCCCCAUCCCGUGAUGGCAAGAGAGAUGCAGGGAGGAGUUGAAAGCUUGGUAUCCAUGACCGCUUUUGUUACCAUCGCCUUGCAGCAUUCCUUGGAUUCAUAUAAGAGACAUGACAUCAUCCCAGUUACACAAGUGAAAAAUAGUAUCGCGAAGGCUCUCGGUUUUCUGCACAAGGAAGUGCCGAGUAUCAAGCACCCCUUUGUAACCGCUAUCGCUGCCUAUGCACUCACGUUGGCCAGUCCAGAUAGUCCUGGGUCAGUGAAGGCUCACAGAAAGCUGAAGGACCUGGCCUAUUACAACAGAGAGAAAGACAUUCGCUACUGGAAGGUGACGGAUGUGGAACUAGUUGGGGGAGAGAAGAACCCUUCCCACGCCUCAGCCUUGGCGGUGGAAGCAACGUCCUAUGCUCUGCUGCAAAGCCUCAUGAUGAAGGACGAGACAUUUGCAUCCACCAUUGCCAAAUGGCUGACAGAGCAACGUAACUAUGGUGGAGGAUUCCGCUCAACACAGGACACAGUGGUGGCUCUAGAAGCUCUGUCUACUUACCACAGGAUUACCUUUGAGAAGGAACAGCUGAACAUGGAUGUGGAAUUCAGUGAGAAUGGAAGGAUGACGCAAAUCUACUUACAGAAGAGAAAUGCUUUGAGCCGCACCGAGUUGAAGUUUCCGCUGGGAAGCAAAAUUCAGGUCAAGCUAUCAGGUACCGGGAAUGGAACGUUGAAUCUUCUCAAAACUUACCGUCUCCUGGAGGAGCUUUCAAACCCAUGCACACACUUCAAACUGGAGGUCACCAUACAGAGCAAAAUGGAAUACCUGGACUCUCACUUUGAAUACAAUAACACAAUUCUUCCUGAAGACCAGUCAUUGGGCCUCAUUGGUUGGCAUGACUUGAGGUCACGGAGGAAGCGAGAGGUUGUCAAGACAGAGGCUGACCGAACCAUUUACUACACAGUCUGCACAUGGCGGGAGGAUGAGAUCGAACUGAAUGAGAUCAAGUCUGGAAUGGCAGUUGUUGACAUCUCCCUGCUCAGUGGGUUUGAACCAGAUACAACUCAUCUCGAAAAGUUAAAAAAUGGAGUGGAUAAAUACAUCGACCAGUAUGAGUUGAAGGAUGGCAAAGUUCUGCUGUACCUCGACAUGGUCCGUGUAAAGAAAGAGUGUGUGGUCUUUGCUGCAAACCAAGUUGUCCCUGUGGGUCUAGUACAGCCAGCCACCGCCACCCUUUAUGACUUCUACAAUCCCAGUGUCAAAUGUACCGUGACAUAUAGUGCCCCCGAGCACAGCGUCCUGGUGUCUACACUGUGCCACACAGAUGUGUGUGAGUGCGCGGAGGGUCCUUGUCCUCACAUCGAGCACAUCUUGUCCCCACAGCUGAACAGCUUCUCUCGAAUCGACUUUGCCUGUUACAGUCCAGUGGUGGAUUAUGCCUUCAAGGUACAGCUCCUGGGCAUCAAUCAUACGGCCUACUUUGAAAAAUAUGUUGUCAACAUCACCCAACCAAUACUAAACAGCCGAAACGAGGCCGGAUUGGGACAUGGAGCCAUCCGCCACUUUCUGAACCGGAGAUCGUGCCCACUCAAGCUGAGGCUUGGGAGUGAAUUCUGAUAAUGGGAAAAGAGGGGAAAACUCGGGAUCAUCAUCAAAUGAUACAGUAUGUCCUGGACUCUAAGACCUGGAUUGAGGAGAUCCCAUCUGACGACCAAUGUCUUCUCUCCAAAUACAGAAACGCCUGUAAAGCCGUCAAUGAUUUUAUUCAAUCCUUUGAAACCAACGGCUGCAAGGGCUAGUCAGCCCUCACAAUGAACCAGAUUGUCUAGUUUCUGUUCAUUGUUUUAAACCGAAACCCUUUCAUUUAAUAAACAUUAACAGCAAUAA